AUGAAGCGUUUAUAUGGUGGAGACAUCAGUCACGGUCAAGAAAACGUUCCUGUUUACAUUCAGACAGAUGCUAAUGAUGUUCUGCCCAACUUCCAGUACAGUUUGGAGAACGUUCAGGGUCCGGGCUGUGAUGUUGACCCUAGUGAACUGACCCUGCCCGGCUGCUCAUGCCGAGUGCUUUCCUGCGACCCUUCCGUCUGCCCCUGCCUGCAUUUCGGCUCGGCCUACACCAACGAAGGCCAUCUUAUAGAGGAGCAAGAUGGUGUGGGUGCCUGUUACAGCCGGCCUGUGUUCGAGUGUAAUGCCCUGUGUACAUGUGGUGAAUCCUGCCAGUCCCGCGUGGUCCAAAACGGACUCCGAUUCCGACUUGGCAUUUUCCAUACAGAGAAUCGUGGCUGGGGGGUCGAGACCCUGGAAGCUCUGAAACGAGGCAGCUUUGUGUGCGAGUAUGCAGGGGAAGUCAUCGAUUUCCAGGAGGCACGGAGGAGGCAGAUGUGUCAAGCUCCUCAGGACAGGAAUUAUAUCAUAGCCGUGCAGGAGCGCUGGGGGUCAGAACGGUUUGGCUUUACGUUUGUGGAUCCGGCUGUUGUGGGCAACGUGGGCCGCUUUCUCAACCACUCGUGCCAGCCGAAUCUGGUCAUGGUGCCAGUGCGGGUGCACUCGUCGAUACCCAGGCUGGCACUGUUCACCAGGCGAGACGUAGAGCCCGGAGAGGAGCUCACCUUCGAUUAUUCAGGAGGACACAAAACACAGCAACAUGAGGCUAAAGGAGCUGAAGAUCUCAAGAGGAAAGUGUGUCUGUGUGGUACCCCAAACUGCACUGGGUUUUUACCUCUGGACCUUUCAAUCCUGCAUGGAUAAGACUGAGCUUUAAUACGGCUUAUUUAUUAAACACUCACUGUCAGCUUCAGAAUUAUUGGCGCUUUGAAACUGUCUGAAUAUAUAAAAUAUCUGCUUUUGUCCAGAUUUAUCUCAUUUUAAGAAAAAUAAACAUC